AUGACCGGCAAAGAGAAGAAAAGAGCUAAAUACACGCGGCCGUGUGACGCAUGUGCUCUACGUAAGAUCCGGUGUGACGGGAAACGACCAUGCACCCGAUGCACGAAUCAUAGUAUUGCCUGCACCGAUAUCCGACUCCGCAGGAAAACCGGUCCUAAAAAGAUUCAAAAUAAGACACGACAGCAUAUUUCCAGCUCUGCCUACCGAGGGGUGACUGCAGCUGCGGGGCUAGAUCCUGAUUCUGUGCCCGAGGGCGCGUCGAUUCCGAUCGUUAACACCAAUAGGACCGACACCACAUAUGGAUCGCAAGAACCGGGGUCGACAAAUCCUUCGAGCGAGUCGGUUCAACCCUCGAAUCUCACAUCUAUAACCACCGGACAUUCAAUUUCCAUCGAUAAACUAUUGCCGUAUCUCCAAGUAUAUCAAACCUGGUUCUAUGGUGUAUGGCCGGUUCUCUCGGUCGCACAUUUGGUAUCACGAAUAGUGUACGAUCCGGGAAGGGGACUCGAUUUUGAGAGUACAUCUGCAUACGGAUUGGCAUGCGCAGUGGCUGCGGCUAUCGCACGUCAAGUAACGUUUCUUACGACAAACUCGCAUAUAAAUCUUCCAAAUGAGAUCAGUUCGGAACAAUUUGUCGCCGAGGCACUCCGAGCCCGAAAAUCUUUUGAUUAUCGCUUACAAGUGACAAAAGAUUCGCUUUUGACGGCUUUUUUCUUGUAUGUGUAUUAUGUCAAUGUUAAGGGUGGAGUUUCAGCAUCGAUUUUGUACCUCAGAGAAGCAAUUUCUGUGGCUCAAAUCCUCGGGUAUCAUGAUACUCUCACAUAUGCAGAUAAAACUCCGGCAGAAGUGCAUCAUUGCCGGAAAAUUUAUUACAUGUUGGUGGUUACAGAAAGAUUUAUGUGCAUAGAGGACAAAUUACCGGUAAUUUUAGAUGCGGCAGUUCCUUAUCCAUCUCUUGGAGACGAAGAAUAUGCUGGAUUGCUCAGUGGCUUCACCGAACUUGUCAAAAUAUUUGCAAUUCCCGACCGACGAUUCUUCGACAAGUUCAUCGAGUUGUCAUCAAGAUCCGAAGCCACCGGUGGAGCCGGUCUGUUUGAUACUCGGUCGCAAUCGGUGCUUCGGCGAUGGAUAGAAAAUGUCCAGACACAAUUAGAGAAAAUUGAAAUUGCGUCGUCAAUUCCAGACUCGUCCAAGUUGAAUCUUCUGCUUUCUCAGCAUUGGAUGAGGUCUUUAGCGUGGCAUAUCUCUCGAAACAAUGGACUUUUGCUCAAAAUCGGCAAUUCCAACGACUAUUUGAGUCCUCUUUUUCCAGUGAAAAUUGCCCAUGAUUUCUUGGCCCAGUCCGAAGAUCUUCCUAUCGUUGCCUAUGAGUCCAACGGACCUGGAGUUUCCAUUAAGUUGUUGGAAAUUGGCACUGCUCUCGCCGAUGCCAUUGCAGAAGCUCUGGUGUACCGUUUCGACACUAACCAAGCUUAUGGGGCACUUGACCGAAUAUUCAAAUUUAUUAGUUUUUUGAAAAACGACCUCACCAUGCCCAAAGCCGAGUACGAGCGGUUGUACCAGCUUCUUUGUAACCGGUCCAUGGUGGUGACCAGCGGAGCCUUCAUCACCGAAGUCAGUGAAGACGACGACUCGUCUCGUGGCGACGCUGUAGAACGGCGUAUUAGCGAGGUGCUCAACGGAAAUGGAAUCCAGCCUAAUGGAAUGGAAUCCAAUGAAAUCCAAACUAAUGGAGUCGAACCCGGGAUCCAAUCCAAUGGCAUGGAAGGGUUUGAUUCCAAUUGCCCUUCGCCUUUUACUCAAAUGACGCUUGCGUUUUCAAUUCCUGUCGAACCCAUGCAUACUUCUCAUGAAUCCAGUCCUUCGCUUCCCAACUUUGAAACUGAUGUUUUUAUGUGA